CUACCUACAUCUGUCCUUUUCCCUUCACACACACACACAUAUAUAUAUAUAUACAUGCAUACAUACAAAACCACUUCAUACGUAUCUGCUCCACUUUCACAUACCAAGCUUCCUACUAUCCUAACUCAGUAUUUAUCUAUCACCUCUGUAAUUCUUCAUCUUUCUUUCACAUAAUAUAUAUAAAUAUUCGUCGAUUCACAGUUUUGUUUUCUGUAGAAUGUCUCACUCAGUUACAAAGAACAACGAAACAGAACCCAGGAGGGACAGCAAAGUAUCGCGAGCCCACAUCCUAUGGAGAUGGUUUUUAAAAGGUCUGAAGACCUCCAUCAUGUUUUUCUUCUCUCAUGUUGGGCUGACUGGUAGCGUGGUAGCCUACAACAUCUUCGGAGGAUGGAUCUUCAUGGAACUAGAAGCCCCACACGAACGUGACCUGAGAAAAGAGGUGAGCAGCAUACGCUCCAAAUACAGGGCUAUCUUGGCUAACGUGUCAACACAACAGGGGGCCAACAAUGACAGUUUGUCAAAUUCUGGAUACAUAUAUGACAAUAUUGUCAAAUUUGAGGAAGAACUUGUUCGGUUUAUAGCCACAACAGAGUGGAAUGGUCUCGAUGAAGAGUUUGAAUUGCAGUGGUCCUAUACAGGUGCACUACUUUAUUCUGUUACAGUUGUCACAACAAUAGGAUAUGGUCACAUUGCACCCAAAACCAUGUGGGGCCGCAUUGUCACAAUCAUCUAUGCCAUAUUUGGUAUCCCGUUGACUUUGCUAUGUCUGCGAACAAUUGGUUCCUUUAUGGCAGGAAUAUUCAAAUUCAUCUAUGAAAACAUUUGCUACCAACUUUAUAAACAAUGGCAACGUUUAAGGAUCUAUAUCGUCAAAACUAAACGAAAGCAAACACAGCGAUUUCUUCAGGCAAAGAUGGUCCUAGAGGAAUUGAUUGAGAAGAGCAACGAAUUAUUGAAACCAACAGAUGAUAGUGACAGUUCCCAAAGCAGUUCUGAAGACGACUCGAAAAAUUCUAUUAACAAAGAAAUACACCAGAAAGAAAUAAAGAAAGGUCGCCAAAGAAUUCUGAAAUGGAAAUCUCGUAAAGACACCAGGAAGAAACUCAUAUUAUCAAGGCAAGUUCCGGUGCAGCAGCAGCAACCAAACGAAGAAACAAAUGAUUGUGAUAUGACUCAGAGAAUUGCAGAAGAUUCUUGUAAAAUAACAAUGUCACCUCAAAGUAGUAAGACAGCAUUUGUUGAAGACAAUGAUAUUCUAUUCCAAGAAAAACCAGAAAGCCAUGAUGGCAUCAAGCUUCGCCCACGAGGUUCACAUCAUGAAAUCCGUGUCCCCGUGUAUAUAACCCUUCUUGUUAUUGCAGGUUAUAUAUUUAUAGGGGCCGUGUUGUUUUCUCUGUGGGAAAAGAACUGGGAUUACCUCAUCGGUUCCUAUUUUUGCUUUGUUACCCUGAGUACAAUCGGGUUUGGGGAUUUCGUGCCAGGGUCAGGUGUCGAUUCGUGGUCAAGCGCUGAAAAACAGGCAAUAUGUACGAUUUAUCUUCUGUUUGGUUUGGCAAUGAUAGCCAUGAGUUUCAACUUGAUGCAGCAAGAGGUCAAACUGAAAUUUAUUGAUUUAGGCAAACGGAUUGGGCUGAUUGAUGAAACAGCAAUUGCAAGCGUCAAUGGCGAUGAAGAUGAUGAAGAAGAAGAGAAAACACACCAGUAGACACAAAACAAGAACUUUCAAUGACAAACUGAACAAGACUUUUUUUAUAUAUAUAAAUAUAUAUUUAUUUCUCAAAGUAGACCACAAAUUUAUAAAUGAGUUGAAGGGUUUGUUUUACCUUAAAAGAAAUAUUGAAAUUCUUCAUGUAGUAGACCUAAUAUUACUGGACCAU